CGAUAAGGUAAAGAUUGAUCUGAAUGGGGAACGAUCUUGCUCGCUUGGAGGACUCCUUAAAAGAUGUCCUCAAGACGAACGGUACCCCCUUAAAGGCAAAAACAGCGAGGGCUUUUUUAAAAGAAGUAGAAGAGAUUGCCCUCUGGUUUAUAGAAGAAGGGCUCCUAAAUGUGCCACAAUGGGAAAACCUGGGUGAGGACUUAAAACGCUGCCCCUCUACAUCCCCGGGGACUCUAGCUGUGUGGUCCCUGGUGAAGGUAUGUUUACAAUCCCCCCGAGAGCCCCUGCAGCGAGCAGUACUACAGGGAGGGAAAGUCCUUGAGCAAAUGAAGGAAGAGUCCCGUAAGGGCUCCUCCCGAGAUUCUGAAUCCGAAAGCGAAAGCUCAGAAGGGAUGUCCGAACGCGAGUUACAGGAGCUAGGAAAGAUAGAGGCAAGUAACAAGAAAAGGGAAUCUCCCGGUCUCCAGACAGACUUGGAGACCGUGAGGCAGCAACUUGAGGAAAAGAAGGCGGAAUUGCAAAAGGUGUUAGGAGAGUUAAGAAUGCAGGGAGAAGCAAUGGCGCAGCUGAGAGCAGGGGCGGAAGCCACAGUUGUGGCGCAGUCGAAACUAAAAACGGAAGUUACACCGCUUCCGCAUUCCAGCCCCACAGCGCCACCCCAUGAGUGGCCCCCGCCUUAUAGGCCCAGCUGCGCCAAGACGUGCUAUUGUUCGGGCUGUACCGCGGAAAACUGGAGAGAGGUCCUUGGCCCGGGAAAAGGCUUUUUUCCAGUGUUAGAAGAUCAGAAUCAGCAGAGGUACCACAAGCCACUAGAUUUCAAGUUGGUAAAGCAGCUUAAGGAGGCAGUCAGCGCCUAUGGACCCCAGGCAGCUUUCACUAUCUCCCUUGUGGAGUCGCUGGGAACACUUUACCUCACUCCUGAGGAUUGGGCCAACCUGGCCAGAGCGGUUUUAAGAUCACGUAAGCUCUCGAUUUGAAACAAAUAUUACUUA